AUGCUACACGAUCGCGGGUACCUAGUAGCUGAUCGCGAGCUUCGAUCGACCAAGGACGAUUUCAGAGACCAAUUCGGGGACGACCCUCAACGAGACGAUCUCACGCUACUAAAGCAGAAGAGGGACAACCCUAACGACGAGAUCUACGUGUUCUUCCCGGUGGAGGCAAAGGUGGGCAUCAAGACGCUCAAGGGGUACUAUGAGAAGAUGAAGGGGUCGGGGCUGUCGCGUGCCAUCAUGGUGGUGCAGCAGAACCUCACGCCCUUCUCCAAGAAGAUUCUCGCUGACAUGGCUCCAAAGUACAUUAUCGAAGUCUUCCAGGAGGGCGAGCUGUUGGUGAAUGUGACAAAGCACGAGUUGGUACCGCAGCACGUGGUGUUGACAGACGAGGAGAAGCACAUUCUGCUGGAGAGAUACACGGUCAAAGAGCACCAGGUGUGUCUCAUGGCCCUUCCAUGGAUUCCCGUCUUAUCCCCCUCCGACCCCUAUCCCCUCGUUUGCCUUACACCAGCUUACCUGCAUGCAGAGGAGUUGUGCACGGAUUCUUUGGGAUGGCGUGCAACGGACACCUUUGAGCCGCUGAAAGUCUCCAGGGGGUGCUCGGCAUGGGGAACCCUGCUGGCAGCACUCGCAGUGGUGGUGCUGCUCGCGCGUGCAACGGACACCUUUGAGCCGCUGAAAAUCCCCAGGGGGGGGUCGGCAUGGGGAACCCUGCUAGCAGCACUCGCAGUGGUGGUGCUGCUGGCGUGCGCGCCCCUCUCCUGGCGCCUCAGCACCAAGCCCUGGCGCCCGCACCUCUUCCCGCCAGUGUGCCGCCUGCCCACUCACGUGCACGCGCAGGCGGAUCAGCUGCCCCGCCUGUUCAUGUUCGUUGGCACUGAGGGGAGCGGGCACGAUCUUUUUGAGUAUAUUUUUAGCUACCUGCCAGUGAACAUCAGCAUAGACCGCUUCAACCCCGACCUGCACCUCACCUCGUCGUCAGGGCAGAAGGUGGCAUCGGCACAGGACCCCACCGGUGCCACCGUCGACUGCCCCAAGCUGCCCUACUCCCGCCACGUCUACGACUUUGGUGUUCGCAUGUCCACUGCACUCAAGUCCAAGCUCCAGGACACAAACUACUACCUGCGUGCCAGGGACCCCUUCCCCAUGGGCCGCAUUCGCACACCGCUGGCUCGUCCAGACCUCAUCUCCCUCGCGACAUUCCACGGCAUCCUGUAUAACCUCAAGCUCGUGGUGCUGGUGCGAAACCUCACAGACACCGUCCUCUGGUCCGUGCUGCGGCGCUUCCACAACGACGACGUGGGGCUGCAGGCGAGGCUGAUCGAGGACAGCAUGGUCUACAUCGAUGCCUCGCUCAGGACCCUCCCGUGCGGCACCUUCAGCCUGAUAGAUGUCGAUGCACUGGUCAAGAGACCCAAGACCGCCUCCACCGCGCUGGCUCAGUUCCUGGGGCUACCCGGAGUGGCCAAGGAAGAGGUGUUCAGUGCGAUACAGCGCGGUAAGGAGAAGUGGGAGCCAACCCUCACAGUGCAGAGCGGGCUGGGAGCGACAGCAGACGGGGACGAGGCUGCAGAGGUCACAUUUGACGGGCAAGCACUUGAAGUGUUUUUCCAGCAGCGCGUGGGGCUGUGGCCACUGCUGGACGCAGCUAAGGGAAAGCCUGUGUUUGUGCCACGUAACCCACAGGACUGGCCUCUGGAGUAA